UUUUUAAUUUUUAAGAAAGGAAAGGAAAGUCACAUAACAUCCUGCUGAUAAGGAAAGUGCCACGCCUCUAUCAUGGACAUUUAAAGCUGCUACUGCACAUCACGUCAUCCACACUAGAGAGCUGAACCUGGAGCGACUGUAACCAGAGAGCAACUUCAAGAGGAAACAUCUGAGAGGAAGAAACAGCAGAAAGAUGAGUGCUGCUCAGAGUCAAACCACACUGGAGUCCCUGCAGUGCCACUUCACCUGGAACCUGGACCGCAGCAGGCCGAAACUUUUACGUCUCACAGACAAGAUGGAGGACUUCAGCACAGAGGAGGGAAAUCAAUGGCUGGGCCACAUUUACAACCUGUGGGGGAUCAUUCAGUAUAAACUGGGGUUAAAUGAAGAGGCUAAGAGUUUGUUCCAGAAGGCUGCAGAGACCCUCAACAAGCUGAGAGAUGCAGAUGAGGGUCCUUGGUUAGUGGUGAACUACGGGAACCUGGCCUGGCUGCACCACCACCUGGGAGAUCAAGAGGAGAGUCAGGCUUACCUGUCAAAGGUUGAUGCCCUGAUGGAAAAAUACCCAUCUCCAUCCCAGGACGACCUCCAUCCAGAGAUCUACGCUGAAAAGGCCUGGACCCUGAUGUUCUUCGGAGAGGACAUGAAUCUGGUGGUUGAUUACUUUGAGAAAGCUGCCAGGAUGCAGCCGGACAUGGUGGAUUGGAACACCAGCUAUGUCAUAUGGUUAAAGAAUGCCCAAAACUUCAGUGACCCAAGGCUGGACCCUGACCUGUUGGAGAAAAUGAGACAAGCCAAGGAACGGGAUCCAAAGAACUUGUACCUCGCUGCUCUCUACCUUGAACAACGGGCUAAUGAAGGAGAAAACAUUCGAGAUGAAGUCCGUGAGUUGGCUGGAAAUGUGAGCAGUGGCAGUGGCAUGUGGGCCUUACUAAACCUUUACGUAGACCACAUAUCAGUUGAUGACGCCAUUGAUUUGGCAGAGAAAGUUCAGAAAGAACAUCCAGAUGUGCGUUAUCUGAAGAGAUUUGUUGCACUCUGCUACAGAUGGAGGAUCGUUUAUAAAAGCAGAAAUUACCCUGAUCCAGAACAAAGCACGGUGGACAGAGCAAUCGCUCUCCACGAGGAGCUGCUCUCUCUUUACCCUCACUCUUCACUCAAAAAGGAAACAGACCUCGCAACUAUCUAUGCAAAGUCACGUCACAGCAAGGCCAAAGCUGAGCAGAUAUUUCAGAAACUGCUCAAAAAUGAACCAGCAGAACCUGAAGACAAACAGAUGCUUUACAACAUAUAUGCAAAUCAUUUAUACUUUAAUCAAAAUGACUCCCACGGGUCGACACAGUAUCACAUGAAGGCAGCAGCAAUACCAGAAAUAUCUUCCUUCCGUAAGAAAAGCAUCAGAAUGCUGGAGAAGACUAUAGAUAGAGGCAUAAUGUGCAGAGAAAUAGAGGAGUUUCUCAGAAACCUGCAAGAGCCAACGCAGUAAAGAUAGGGAGGCAAAUUUAGGGGGAACAAUUUUGUCCAAGCAAAAAAAAAAACAACAUCUAAUUUCUACAAAGGUGUUUUGCUUUCAUGUGGUAAUAAAGAGCAACAGAAGAAGAAUGAAAAAACAGGAGGGGGGCCAAUUCUUCCAGGGCAUCCAAAAAAUAAGGAUAAAAACUAACUAAAAACUAAUUUCUUGUUAUUCAAAACUAUUUGAAAUAAAUUAAAGGAAGGUUUAUUUUUAAUAUUUUCUUAAUUAUUUUUAUUUUGGGGCUUUUAUUCGUGUAUUUAGAGAUAGGACAGUGGAUAGAGUUAGAAACCAGAGAGAGAGAGAGAGAGAGAGUUGGGAACGACUUACUAAUUCAGGACGGAGUUCCCUUCAUGACAUCACAAAGGGCAGUAGCCCCUCCCCCAGGUGGGUGACACUCCCACAGCUAGGUGUUUGUUCUGCCCUCUGAGUCUGCCUUCUCACCGUAAACAAUAGGACAUGGAGAGAGAAAGACCGAGUACACCCAAGCCCUUCCAGAGAGGGGGCGUGGUCAGACACAGCUCAUUUGCAUAUUUAAAGGUAUAGACACAGAAACAGCCUGUUCUGAGCAGGGCUGAAAUAGAGGGGUUUAUAGGCAUGAUCAAAUACAGGAUCAGAGUGGAUUUAGAACAAGAAACUUCACACACAUGUUUUGAGGAGCUCUGAGACUCAUUUAAACUGAAGAAGAGGAGGAGGAUAUGUGACCUUUAAUUCUUACACCCUAGCUCCUGGUAGGUGUGACGUCCUCUGUAAAACACGGUCGUCAUGGUGAAUACUUAAUGAAGAAAUGUGUGAAUUGUGAUUAUCAUGUAUUUUGCUUCUGUUGUGUUUUUUCAAUGCUGUAUUUUCAGUGUUUAGAAUUAAUGGAUUUUAUAAGAAUGUGCUUCACUUUGGAUAUUUAAAGUCCUCAUUGUUCAUGUGAAAAUUUAUUUGCUGUGACCUGAAAAUUAUAUAUUAAGAUGCUCCUGUUUGCUCAAGCUGUGUUUAAGCUUUAUACCAAUAAAUGAACAGUGUGCACACCAAGAAA